CACGCAGCAUCUAUAGCUAGAAUCCGUGAAGCUGCUAAAUAUCAUGUAAAUCCUAUAGCAAUCGCUCUUGACACGAAAGGGCCAGAAAUUAGGACCGGUCUUUUGGCAGGGAAGAAGGAGGUCAUCCUGACUUCCGGAAAAAGCAUCCGGUUAUCGACCGACAAAGGAGUUGAAAAAAGUGGAACCUCAACUAUUUUAUAUGUCGACUAUGAAAAUCUACCUCGUGUUGUAGAAAAGGGAUCUCGUAUUUUCAUAGAUGAUGGGUUGAUUUCAUUGCUGGUUGAAGAAGUUAAUGAAAAUUCUGUAAUGUGUGAAGUUGAGAAUGGUGGCGUGUUAGGAAAUAGGAAGGGUGUAAAUUUACCUGGAAUAGCCGUUGAUCUACCAGUCGUAACCGAAAAAGACAAGGCUGAUCUCUUGUUCGGUGUAGAACAGGAAGUGGAUAUGAUUUUUGCUUCUUUCAUACGUAAUGCGAACGGAAUCCAUGAGAUAAGGAAGGUGCUUGGAGAAAAAGGUAAAAAUAUCAAAAUCAUUGCGAAAAUUGAAAGUGACGAAGGCGUAAUGAACUCGGAUGAGAUCGUAGCCGCUGCAGAUGGAGUAAUGGUAGCACGAGGAGAUCUUGGUAUUGAAAUCGCUCCUGAAAAGGUCUUUCUUGCUCAAAAAAUGCUCAUAGCGAAGUGUAAUCUUGCUGGGAAACCGGUGAUUUGUGCCACUCAAAUGCUCGAAAGCAUGAUUUCAAAGCCUAGGCCAACUAGGGCUGAAUGCAGUGACGUAGCAAAUGCUGUUCUUGACGGUGCUGACUGUGUGAUGUUGUCUGGUGAAACAGCUAAAGGAGAUUUCCCUAAUGAAGCUCUUUGUAUGAUGCACUCAAUUUGUAAAGAAGCUGAAGUUGCCUUUUACUACACGAGGUACUACGAAGAGAUUAUGUUUAACACAAGGAAACCAACCGAUAUGACACAUACCACAGCCAUCGGAGCCGUUUCAGCAGCUGUAUCUUGCAAAGCCAGCGCUAUUGUGCUUAUUACAACCACGGGAAGUACCGCCGCCUUGUGCUCCCGCUAUCGUCCACCAGUUCCCGUGAUUUCAGUUUCGAGAAAUGCUCAAGUAGCCCGUCAGCUCCAUCUUUAUAGGAGUGUGUUCCCACUCUACUGGUCGAAGCCUCGUCUCGAAAACUGGAAAGAGGAUAUAGAGCAACGCAUACAGUAUGGGGUGCAGGCAGGCAAAGACCGGGGCUUUAUCAAGGCUGGAGAUAUGAUCGUACUCGUUACUGGAUGGCGCCAAGGUGCUGGAUACACUAAUACUAUUCAAGUUAUCGUGGCUAGCUGA